AAAUCGCUGGAGAGGGAUUUGAAACGAAAAUGGGAAUGAGAAUUGAUAGACGGUGGUCGCCUUUGAUGAACAAGGCCUGGUGUAAUCUCAUCAAGCGCCCCCCACUAUUUCUGGUAAGCCCUAAAGACCUCUCUCUCCUCUCCAAAAGCCACCCUAUAUUUACUUCUUCAUUUCAGGCAUCCAAUAUUCACAACCCAAAUUUUAUCAACCCCUUUCUUUUUUCUUUAAAACCAAGAAACCCUAGCCCUAUAUUUAUCAAUUUUUCUAGAGCGUUCUGUUCUGGGAGCCACCACCAAAACUCUAAUCGUAGUACUAGUAGUAGUGAUUGGAACCAAGAAGAUGUAGAGUAUUUAGAUGAAUCUGGGAGUGUUAUUUUCACCGGAAAAGGAGUUCGGUCCGUCGAUCCGGGGCUCGAUGACCACGUGAUGGUGGGUGGACUGAAGAAACCGUUUCUGAAUGUUUCUGCGGUUGCCAAAAUUGUUGAAAUUGUCAAUAGGUGGAGAUGGGGUCCUGAAUUGGAGACCCAAUUGGAUAAGCUCCACUUUGUGCCAAACAUGUCUCAUGUAAUUCAAGCAUUGAAGAUUGUCACCGAUACUGAUGCGUCUUUGAGUUUGUUUCGGUGGGCAAAGAGGCAGCCUUGGUAUUCUAUGCUCAAUGAUGAGUGUUAUGCUUUACUGUUUGAUAGAUUGAAUCAAAGUAGAGACUUUGAUGCAAUUCAAUCCUUGUUUGAUGAGAUGAUUCGAGACUCCGGGGAUAAUAAUGGGGUUUCUUCUGUUAUUGCAUGUAAUCAGGUUGUUCAGGAUUUGGCUAAGGCUGAGAAAUUGGAGGUGGCAUUUUGUUGUUUCAAAAAAGUCCAGGAUUCAGGUUGUAAAAUUGAUACUGCAACCUAUAAUUCCCUUAUAACCUUGUUUUUGAAUAAGGGUUUGCCUUAUAAGGCAUUUGAGGUAUAUGAGAGCAUGGAAGCGGCAGGAUGUUUGUUGGAUGGUUCAACUUAUGAAUUGAUGAUACCAAGCUUGGCAAAAUCGGGCCGUCUUGAUGCUGCUUUCAAGCUCUUCCAAGAAAUGAAAGAGAAGAAUUUGCGGCCAAGCUUUUUGGUGUUUGCUUCUCUUGUUGAUUCCAUGGGGAAAGCUGGGAGGUUAGACACAUCAAUGAAGGUGUACAUGGAAAUGCAGGGUUUUGGGCUCAGGCCAUCUGCUACUAUGUAUGUUUCCUUGAUUGAAUCAUUUGUCAAGGCUGGGAAAUUAGAGACAGCUCUUAGGAUUUGGGAUGAGAUGAAGAAAGCAGGGUUUAGGCCUAACUAUGGAUUGUAUACAAUGGUUGUUGAGUCUCAUGCCAAAUCAGGAAAGCUUGAGACUGCAAUGUCAGUGUUUUCAGAUAUGGAGAAAGCUGGAUUUUUACCUACACCAUCUACCUAUUCUUGUCUCUUGGAAAUGCAUUCUGCCUCUGGACAGGUAGACUCUGCCAUGAAGUUGUAUAACUCGAUGACCAAUGCAGGAUUGAGACCUGGUCUGAGUACUUAUACUGCUCUUUUGACGCUCCUAGCAAAUAAGAAGCUAGUGGAUGUGGCUGCUAAAGUUUUACUUGAAAUGAAGGCCAUGGGGUUUUCUGUUGAUGUGAGUGCUAGUGAUGUUCUAAUGGUUUAUAUAAAGGAUGGCUCUGUUGAUCUAGCUUUGAGGUGGCUGCGUUUCAUGGGUUCAUCUGGAAUCAGAACCAAUAAUUUCAUUAUUAGGCAGCUCUUUGAGUCAUGCAUGAAGAAUGGUUUGUAUGAGUCAGCCAAGCCGCUCCUUGAAACUUAUGUAAACUCUGCUGCAAAAGUUGAUCUUAUACUUUACACAUCAAUUCUAGCCCAUCUUGUGAGAUGCCAAGAAGAGCAGAAUGAGAGGCAUUUGAUGUUGAUCCUUAGUGCUACUAAACAUAAGGCACACACUUUUAUGUGUGGACUCUUCACUGGCCCAGAGCAAAGGAAACAGCCAGUUUUAUCCUUUGUAAGGGAAUUCUUUCAGAGUGUUGAUUAUGAAUUGGAAGAAGGGGCUGCAAGAUAUUUUGUCAAUGUUCUCCUUAACUACCUUGUUCUUAUGGGGCAGAUAAACCGAGCACGUUGUGUUUGGAAAGUUGCAUAUGAGAAUAAACUUUUUCCAAAAGCAAUUGUUUUUGAUCAGCAUAUCGCUUGGUCCCUUGAUGUUAGAAACUUAUCAGUGGGAGCUGCUCUUGUAGCAGUUGUGCACACCCUUCAUAGAUUUAGAAAGCGGAUGUUGUACUAUGGUGUUGUCCCAAGACGAAUCAAAUUGGUCACUGGACCCACUCUGAAGAUUGUGGUUGCACAGAUGCUAAAUUCAGUAGAGUCCCCAUUUGAGGUUAGUAAGGUUGUUCUGAGGGCUCCAGGAGACUCUGUCAUGGAGUGGUUUAAGAAACCAAUUGUCCAGCAAUUUCUUAUAAAUGAGAUUCCAUCCAGGGCUGACAUCCUCAUGCACAAGCUGAACACACUUUUUCCAAGUUCGGCUCCUGAAAUUAGAUCUUUGUCCCCUCCCAAACCUCUUAUCUCAGGAAAGGCCAUGUCACCAUAAAGUGAACUUGAGAUUAAUUGUAGGCCUUGUACCGUUGAGAAAGGAACUGUCAGGUGUUUUUUUUUUUUGCCUUCCCUUGCAUUACUGAUAAAAGGCUUUCUGUCGAUCAGCCAAUGGCACCCAGUGGGUUCUCCGUUUUAGAUGCCACUGUUGUGCCAGAGGCCAAGAGGCAUUCUAACACAGGGAUAGAGCUACUUUGUCCUGGCACUGCCAGUCAGAUGAGGUCAUAUGUCUUGAUGACAAUGUUGCUGUAAAAAAUCUUAAUUCAAACCACAUUGGAUCUGCUUCUGUAUCCUGUAAAUGGUUGAUGGUGAGUAGCAUUGGACCUGUAUCUCCUUUAA